GACGUGAAUACGGCCCCUGAUUUUCCACACAACCUAUUUUCGGUACCCUCACUACCCACCAUAUGCCGGACAUUUCACAAACAUUACGAUGUAAGAAAACAAAGGUGUAGAACACACAGACACCCAAUUUCCGUCCCAAGUAAUUAAAAGUACACCUGACUCGAUAUUUCAUUGACCCUUGCCGGAUCAGGCUAUUGACCUACUUUCAGCUGUCUGUUGAAAUCUGAAGUCACAAGUCACAGGCACUCGCGGCCGUUUUCGUUUCAGAGUUGUUCCAGAGUGUGUAAAUUCUCCGGUUGUGACCAUGCUGCCCCGCCUGCGAGCGCUGCUGCCCAUCGCGGUAUGUGUGACGCUGGCUCUCACCCACGGCUGCUCCGCUGAGGACGGCGACGAUGCCAAGUGUGCGGCCCAGUCCGGCAAGGACUGUCAUGCGUGCCUUCAGUUUGCUCAGUGCUACUACUGUACAUCGAGCAAGAAGUGCGCCUACAACCCCGUCAACAGCUUCCUGCCCAAGGCCAGCAACUGCUCCCUGUCGGACGUCCGCUGGGGCACCUGCUGGGUGAAUUUCCUGGCGCUGAUCAUCAGUCUGGUGGUGAUUGUGCUGGUGAUCGCCCUCUCCAUCGGCUGCUGGUGCUACUGCUGGUGCAAGCGCCGCCGCACGCGCAGUGUGGAGCGGGACGAGCAGCGGUACGCCCGGGAGCGCCAGGAGAGGGAGCAGCGGCAGGCCGAGCGGCGUGCCGAGAGACAGACCCGCACCGACGCCAUCCGAGACAAAUACGGUCUGUCGUCCCCGGCGCGGGACCCGCCGUACACCGCUCUGUAGGGCGCUGUGCGGCUCGCCCUGUCCUCUACCGGCGGGCGGCGGAGUCUCUCGUUCGGCGGGCGUCCGCCGCGGCGCUGCCGGCCUCCGAUCGGGUGAUGUACCGCUUCUGUCGCCUCGUGCCGCCGUUUCUGUCGCCUGUGUCCUUCUCUCGCCUCGGUGGCCUUUGUGGUGGACUGAGAGGAAAAUUCGCGGACGGGUGCAGUGUGCUGUGAUAUUGGACUUGCCUUUUUGUUGCAAGAUCAGUCAUCUGGUAUAUAGGACUAAGGACAAAUCACGCAAGCCACAGAAGAGUUCAAGUAAUCGGAGCUUCUUUUGAAAAGAUGUGGGUUGCAUAAUUUAGCCGCUGUUUUAUUCGUAUUUAACGUAUUUUAGUGUCUUCUAGCGUAGAACUGUUCACCGUUAACCAUAUUAUCAGUGAGGGGGUUCCACCGGACGUGAAGCUUUUAGCGGAACAACUGUGCGUCUGCAGCACGCUUCUCCUUUAUAAACGGUGCUAUAAAUGUCGGUUGUGAUACCCCGUAAUUACAUAUUUAUUUACAUUUAUAUCAGAUUUUACCGUUACAUAUCACUGUCACACAUUGCUGUUUUACUCGAUGUGUUUUCAAAUACAAAAGUUAUCUUUA